GCUUUCAUCUACUCUCUUCCCUUCCACACAAAUAACACCCUCCACACGCGAUCUCACAGAUCAAAACAAACCUCUCAGCUCUCCAUUCUCCAGAUCCUACACCACUACAUCUACUCGUGGCAUACAUACUACAAUAGACAGGGUUGGGCCUCGCGUGUAUCCACUGCAUACCUUACCACAACAUACACAUCCAGCAACCAUACAUCGCGUGCGGCGCACCAUGUUGACAUAGCUUCAGCACUACUACUCCAAAGCAACACCAUCGUAAAGAGAUAUCGAUAAGUAGAUAGACCAUGGCCCCGCUCGACCCCAGCGCGACAUCGCGCAGCAACGCAUAUCCGCUUGGAGUUUUCUCCAGCCAGGCGCUCGUCGUCGCCGGCCUGAGCGCAUACCUCGUUCGCACCAUACGUCGCGCCGCACGCUCGCUGCCGCCGCCAACCUCGACGCGCGCACAGCAACCCUUGCGCGAUCGCCAUGCUGCGCUCUUCGCGGGCCUUGCCUUUUUCUCUAUCGCUGCUGUCUCCACGUUCAGUGCUGCUUGGCGCAUUCUGUCUUACUUCGAUUGGGCCGAGCAGCGCAACCACGAGGCACCUGGGAGCUUGUGGACGGGCUGGUACGGCACGGGAGAGGAAGGUGUAGGACGAUGGCGGCUGGGUGACUGGUUCAGUGAUGUGGAUUUGAUCGCCGAGUCUGAUGCGCUUUCCGUGGGCUCAACAGAGGGGUUCUUGUAUACAAGCCAACAUGCAGUUGGACUUGCAGCGGCUGCAAUCUUCUUUGGUGUCGAAGGGAGGAGACGCAAUCUGUCUAACAAGACAAUCGCAGCAUUUGUCUCCUUGAGCCUCGUUGGAAGCUUGGGUUAUGCGCUCAAUCUGUUCUUCGUCACAAUACUGUUCACUCCGGUGGCGCUGCACAGCGAGGACACUCUGAAACACAAUGCCCUUUUUGCGCCUAAGCCGGUGUUUCUCUACACGCCAGUUGUGGCAUCGUUCGUCGCCUUGCUUUACUUGCCAACGCUGAUAGCGGGUGGCGCCAACCUCACUGCAGUUCGAAUUGGGUACUACGCCAUACCAUUCUAUCUAGCAUUCGCACCACAGAUUAUACCCGCAAGCUGGGGACAGCAGCACGCUACGAAGGAAGCUGCGCAUCGAUCGUUCGCGAGGACGUUUUGGGUCCUGGGACUUACAUCGUUUGGCUUAUGUUGGGACCUUUUCGCCACUAUCAUCGCCGCCAACACGCCCCCGGAACAGACGUCCGUGUACGACCUGUUCAAGAACGCGAUGGGCAAGCAGGAUAGCUCCAACCGCUUUCUACAGGGUCUAGGGAACGCGGCUCAACAGCUGAAGCACGUGAGCAAGCAUCCAGUGAUCAGCAUCACCGGCACUGAUGUUUUCUUCACCGUCACCGGUCUCCUAGCUUGGACCUUUGUUCGAAACCUAGAAAUCGAUGAUAUCCUCGACAACAGUCUGCUCUGGUACUUCUCGUCGUCCCAAAAGGAGAAACACGUUGCGUUUACCAAGGAGGUAGCGGAGGUAGCAGAUGUAGUGGAGAAGAAAGUCGAAGAGGAGCUGCCACCAACGACCCCGAAGAGGCGGGGCCGCCCGAAGAAGGGCACGUCAAAUGGUGCCGGAACACCUGCUCCCGCAGCCGGUAGCGUGCGCCGGAGCACGAGGAGAAAGGCGCGAUCAGACUUCGAGUCGGACGCGGAGAGUGCAUACGAGCCUCCCACGAACGCCGUGAAAGAAGUCAAGCAGACAGAGACCGACGGCGCUUCCGUGGAAGAUCUAGUUGCUGGGGGCGAGUCGACAGCAUUGACUCUUUUGCUCACCUUUUUGGGCGGGUUGGGGCAGUUGGCUGCUGGUGUGCUUGGAGCCGAAGUCAUUGGAAGCUCGUGAACGUGAACAUGUUGUCGGAUUGGCGCUUGGAAGCAGUGGGUUGGCGUUUAU